AUGUUCUUUCCUUCAUUGAUUCUGGCUGCUGGCAGCCUGGCGACUCUCAUUCAAGCCAUUCCUCAUGGCGCGACCCAUCGCUCUUUGCACCGUCGCGCCGCUGCUACCUAUGCUGUCAUGGGUGGUAAUGGUGAUAUCUCUGACGGAUGGCCCUCCAUGGCCCAAUGGGCGGAAUAUGAGACUCUCUGGAGUCUUAACAAGAUCCUCAUUGCUGCAUCUUGUGAUAACUCUGACGACGAAACAAGCGACAUCGAUUCCAGCAUCAAAUCAGUUGCCAGCCAGACUGGCGUCGAUCCCCGAUUCAUCCUUGCAAUUGUCAUGCAAGAAAGCAAGGGCUGCGUCCGCGUCCACACCACCAACAACGGUGUCCAGAACACUGGUCUCAUGCAGAGCCACGCCGGCGAGGGCUCCUGCAACAAGGACGGCAGCCAAACAACCCCUUGCCCCUCCUCUAUGAUCAAGCAGAUGAUCGAAGAUGGCACCGCAGGAACCCCCCAGGGAGACGGUCUCAAGCAGUGCUUAGCGACCCAGAGUGGUUCCGACGCGACCAAGUACUACAAGGCCGCCCGCACCUACAACUCCGGCUCCAUCGACCCAUCCGGCAACCUCGGCGCAGGUGGCGCCACUCACUGCUACGCCUCCGACAUCGCCAACCGCCUCCGCGGCUGGGCUGGUGAUGUGACCGAGUGUCUCGAAGGUACCAUUGGAAGCAUCACUAAGGGGCUGGCGUCCCUCGGUGGCAGCGCCUCCGCGGAUGACUCGAGCGAUGACUCGAGCGAUGAGUCCAGCUCCUCUUCCACCACGACCGCUGCUGCGCAGGUCACCGAGCCUGCCGAGCCUGUUCACUCUACCCAGACCCUCCAGCCAGUUCAUACGACCGAGACCGUCCCGCCAGUUCAGACAUCCUCUGCCCCCAACUGGGCGCCCGAUGUGAACAUGGCCGCUAAGGCCGCCCCCACCCCGUCCUGGACAACCAAGUCUGCACCCGCCGCGACAACCGCAGCAACAACUGCCGGUUCAUCCUCGGCUCCUCUCUACCCCGACGCUAGCCCGUCGUGCAGGGAAUAUUACACCGUUUUGGAUGGUGAUUUCUGCAACAAGUUGACGAAGACUGUUGGAAUUACCUUCCCUGAUCUCCGUAGCUUGAACAGCGGCUUGGACGAGAAGUGCACGAAUUUGUGGCUUGGUUACCAGUACUGUAUCAAGGCUUAG